AUGCCUCCAGGCGCGAACCGUUUUUGGUCGGUUGCAACCAAGUCCCAGCUGCCACGCCUCGGCCAUUCCACGUACGGUUUUCGAAAUCAUUAAUUAUAUGCCAAAAGGUUCAAAAAUCGGCAGAAUUAUCAAAAAGUUCAAUAUUCUCCAACAAAAAAUAUGAUAAAAGGAAAAAUUUCCUCCACUUUUUUAAAAAUCAAAUCAUCAUUUUUUUAAUCAUCAGACGUUUCCAUUGAGCCAUUAUUUCGAAAGAAUUACAAAACAAUUUUCAACCUUUCCCUGUUUUUUUUCUUGAUUUUUUUUAUAUCAGUUACUUCCCCUUGAUAGUCUUCAUUCUUCUUUUCAUUAUACUUUUUUCCGAUUCGACUAAUCCUCUCCAAAUAUCUCACAUUACCUCACAAGAGGAUAAGCUUUUCCCAUCAAUUUCAAUGGCGAAAAGAAACUUUUCCCCCUUUUUUUUGGAAAAAAAAGACGAGGCCAAACCGCCAUGCAUCCUCAAUGAAAACGAAACGAGAUCAAUGGGGGUUCGGUGCACUUUUUUGUGAGGCUUCCGAUGAGUUUUUCGAGUUUUUUGUCAUUUUCAACAUUAAUUUGGAGAUUAUCAUUUUAAACGGACUCCAAUGGUGAUAAAUUAAUGUUUACUUGACUUUUUACUGAUUUAAUUGACUUUUUCUUGUAGGAUAUUAACUUUUUAUUAAUUUUUCAGGGCGCAGAGAGCCAAAAGAAAAGUCUUUGAAGAAGUAAGAGUAUAGGCAAAGUCGGAAGGACCUUCCGAUGGUCCAUGAAGGCUGCUGGAAGGCACCAUAAAAAUUUUGACGAAGACUCCUUUUCUGCUACCUCUUUGUGCCGUUUUAUCGGCCCUUAUGCACCAUUUUUCUCUCUUUUUCCAUAAUUUCUUGAGCCUUUAAAAUGCUAGGAAAAAUGAAAGGCUCGAUAAAGGGACUCUUUUUGCUGCCUUUUUUGAGCCUCUCCCUUUUAGCGGCCAUUAUCCACCGUUCGGAGUUUGCCCGGAAAUUCUUAAGCCCUGACCUGUACCAAAAACAAAAUUACCCAUAUUGCGCUUCUCGAAGUUCGUCUUUUAAGUGACCACUUCGGAGAGAGUGUACCUUUUUUCCCUCCUUACCGCUUCAUGUAGUAGUCACUCAAGUGGUUCAUCGGCCCAAUCAGUCUUGUUUUUGAACCAUUUAGGUCACCAACGUGGUUUUUUUUUCUCUCAUUGGCGAUUUUUUCAUGAUACCCAUUUUUUAUGAGCCAUUCAGAGACCUUCAAAAAAGGCUCAUUAGUUUUACGAAUGUAAUCCUCUUAUAAAAUGAAUAAAUUGAUUUUUUCACAAGUAUAGAAUCUACCAGCUUUUUUCUAAACUUCCGUCCCAAUUGAAAUACGUUUCAAUUCAUCUUUAUCUAAAUUGAAAAUGACUCGAUUCUAUUGAUGUUUGAGUGACUCUACUCUUUUAAAUCUGAAGAACUUGUUGCAGUAUAUGGGUACAUGAUGGUGGCUCGUUGGCUGAUCGCAAUCAGCAUGAUCCGCGCCGCCGGUCCGUUCAUCUUCCAGCAAGCCUCCCGACAUCCUCGCUGUUACGAACUCGACCUCGAAAAUUGCUUCCGCGAGGCUUUCCUCGUAAGUCGAACCGAAGAAGCUGAAAUUUUCGAAAAUCCAAAAGAAAAUAAAGAGAAAAAGUUGCGCGAGGCUUUUCCUGUCACAGUGCACCAGGAAAAAUUAUGUCCUUUUUACUCUUUUUUCUAUUUUCAUUUCAAAAAUGUUACAAAUACUAAUGAAUUUCAUCGAUAAAACCAGUUUAUCAACUCUUUGUUCUUUCCCUAAAAUUCAAUGGUUUUUUAAAGUUGUGCUUAUUCAAAAUUCGAAGGUUAGUGUCUUAUUUGAAUUUGGUAGCAAACUAAAAUUUGGAAAUUGCUUCCAAGUGUCCUAAGUUCAUUUAGAAGGUAACACCUGAGCGCGAAUUUGCAGAAACCGCUCCCGCCAUGCCAUUUUCCUUCGUUUUAUAACUUUUUUAUUGUUUUUUUCUUUGCGAGCUUCGGCCCUUAAUCACUGGUCAGCUAUUCAAAACAUAGUUAUCAGUUGAGGAACGUGGAAAUUAUACUCUUGUGAGGUCAGAUUUAAGAAAAAAAAACAAAAGAAAUAACAGAGAAAUAGUUGUUUUGGCUUGAAAAGGAAGUUUUUUGGUAGGUUUUUGGUCGCUUCUUUCUAAUUCUGAGAUAAAAAUAGAAUACCUUUACAAAAAAUACAUUUUCGAAAAUACAGACCGAAAAACUGAAUCUUGAGAAUAGCUUCCAAGUCCAAAGACAGUCGAAAUGAAACGAAAAAGGUCACGCCACUAUCAACGACGCGCAAACCGGCGCGAGUCGGGCGCACGAGAAAGUGGAGUGACCACGCCGCGACGCCAUCUCCGAGACCAUACUAUACAGAAUCAUUUCUGCAGUAUGUAUCUCGCAAUCCCCAUCAAAAUGGCACACACGCCAACCGCGAUGAACGGGAGACGGGCGGUCCGCGAGCGUGA